AUGGGGACAGCUGAGGACGUUUAUGGUCAGGUUGGGUGGGUCGGGGGAGGUAGGGUAGGAAGGGUGGUUGACAGCUGGUGUGUUGGUGUUCUUAUAUGUCCUCUGCCUUUUAAAAUGCAGUCCCAGGACAUCAAGGCUCUGCAGAAAGACCUCGAGCAAUUUGCGAAGCUCUUGAAGCAGAAGAGGAUCACCCUGGGAUAUACCCAGGCCGAUGUGGGGCUCACCCUGGGGGUUCUCUUUGGAAAGGUGUUCAGCCAAACAACCAUCUGCCGCUUUGAGGCUCUGCAGCUCAGUUUCAAGAACAUGUGUAAGCUGCGACCCCUGCUGCAGAAGUGGGUGGAGGAAGCUGACAACAAUGAAAAUCUACAGGAGAUAUGCAAAGCAGAGACCCUUGUGCAGGCCCGAAAGAGAAAGCGAACGAGUAUUGAGAACCGAGUGAGAGGCAACUUGGAGAACAUGUUCCUGCAGUGCCCAAAACCUACGCUGCAGCAGAUCAGCCACAUUGCCCAGCAGCUCGGGCUUGAGAAGGAUGUGGUCCGAGUGUGGUUCUGCAAUCGUCGCCAGAAGGGCAAACGAUCUAGCAAUGACUACUCUCAACGAGAGGAUUUUGAGGCUGCUGGGUCUCCUUUCUCAGGGGGACCUGUAUCCUUUCCUCUGGCACCAGGGCCCCAUUUUGGUACCCCAGGUUAUGGAGGCCCUCACUUCACUACACUGUACUCCUCGGUCCCUUUCCCUGAGGGUGAAGCCUUUCCCUCUGUGUCUGUUACCACUCUGGGUUCUCCCAUGCAUUCAAACUGAGGUGCUGGCCCUUCCCAGGAAUGGGGGGCAGAGAAAGAGGGAGAGCUAGGGAAAGAGAGUCCUGGGAUUUUCACCAGGGCUUUGGGAGUAAGUUCUUUAUUCACUA